UGUCAAUCAUUUUUUUCCUCACAGUUUACUUGCGAUCGCCAUAUUGGGUGCUCGCCUACUCGAAUGACUUGUCUGUUUUUCUUCGGAAUUACUACGAGACGGGGUCGCGGAGCCGCGCGCUGUUUUGACGAGCGCUCGCGAUUACUUCUCUUCCACGCGCUUUCAAGCGGGGCCGUUAUCUUCCUGAGCGCGUUGACGCAUUUUGUUAUGCGCGCGCCUGGUUCACUUUGUGAUUAUUACGGUUUUGGGGGCGACUGGUUUUAGUGCAUUCGGCGCGAUCGCAAGUACGAUUCUCGGACUGAGUUUCAUGUGAAAAAAUGUCAAAAGUGCGCGUCUCUAAUGGAAGUCCGCCGCUGGAGAGGGUGGACGCGAGGCAGGCGGAUCACACCAGAGCACCGGUGUGCAGAAAUCUGUUCGGGUCCUCGGAUCGCGAGUUUGAGAGGGAUGCCAAGGAGCAAAUGCGGGAGAUGGAGAAAGCAUCCAAGGAAAGGUGGAAUUUCGAUUUUGCCAAAAACGAACCGCUCUCGUCAGGCAAAUACGAGUGGGUAGAGGUGGACGGUAAAGACCUGCCGGGAUUUUACACAAGACCGCAUCACGUAAAGCGGACUAUAUCUACCGGGACUACCGUGGAUCAUAACGGGAAUCACGAUUAUUUGUUGACAUCUCUCUCUGUGGAGAACCGACAAGAGGACUCUGAAAUCACAGAGACUGAGUCGGAUUGCCGAACAGCAUUAAGCACACCGAGGAAAAGACCGUCGACGGAGGAUCAGGAUCUUCCUUGCCAAAGUAAAAGACCCAACGUCCAACCGACAGAGGCGGACCGCUGUCCAGACACGACGCCCAGCGAAUCAGACCCAAAAACGUAAACAAGUCUUUAAAGCAAAGAGAUGAAGAAGCCUAUUGUCUCCAUCAAAUACUUCAAGAGCUUUAUGAAGUAAACAGGGACAGCAGUCGAAAAAUAAAAAUUAAGCCCUGGAAAGGCUGUAUAAGCACUGAAUUUUUACACUAAAGUUUUGGCACUCAACAGAAUAUAUUUGCCUCAAAAGCAGACAAUGUAGCAGUGUGCAAUUGGAGUUGCUUCGACUUUGUUGUUUGACUACCUAUGUAUAUACAUACUUUCAAUUUAUAUGUAGCAAAUGUAAUAUUAAAAACACAAUCAUUUAUUAUGGAGUGCGUUGGACCUGAGGAAUUGCUGUGCAGUUUUCAAAACGUCUCCCCACAAAGAUCCCUAAUGAUAUAAAUACACACACACUAUCCUUUUAAUUGGGUUAAAUCACAGUCCCUCAGUUU